AUGUCAAAGCUAGACGAACUAUCUAAGCUAUUAUCACAAGGUCUAAAUAGAAAUACAACCCAAACUUUUCUGGAAACUCUCCUACGCUUAUACAAGCUGAAUGGUUCGAAAGAUAGCUUUGCUGAUGCUGUAAGUGCUUUAGGUGUUUCCCCAGAUUUGGCGAACCAGACCUAUAUUUUCAUCAAUGACAAUAUUGACGAGUUAGAAAGUGGCCAAAAUCACAAAAAGAUCGCUCCUAGCUUUCAAAACAGCGUUAAGACGUCUUCAAAAGAAGCGAAGCAGCCAAAACGUAGCCUUUUGACUUUGGAUUUUGAUGAUGAUCUAGAUACACCCCCAGAAAAACCGAAGAUUAAUGACGCUGAGAAUGUUGCAGGCAACAAAACACCAGCGAAAAAAGUCAUAUUUAAAAAGUUGAAGAAGGAAGUUGCUCAGAAAAUUAAGGUUGUCAAAGAACCAUUGCCUGAACUACCAACGGGGCUUUCCAACUUAGAGGAAGGAAAGGAAGUUAAGAGUUCCGCUAUUCCGGAAGUUACCAAGAUAAAAAAUGAGCAUCUUGCUGAUGAAUUAAACUCUGUUUCUGAUGAGCUCCAGCUAGAUGAUUAUGAGGAUGUUGAGAACGACCGAACUUGGUAUAUGACUGAGGACUCAUCCACGGCUGUCAUUGACCAAUACUCUGAUUUGACAUACAAUGCGCCCUCGGUGCCUAGGCGUAAACCACACAAUGGGUCUCACAAAAGCGGCGGAGGUUUCGACAACUCCGGCGCCUAUGUGGAUUUCGACCACGAGGACACCUAUGGUCAACAGAGUAUAGCCAUAAUCCCGCACUUCAUUGUUCCCACAUUUCUUAAAGGUUCGGAGGACUAUCUUAAAUUGCAAUUGGACCUGAAUCGAACUGGCCGCAGUCUUGGUCCAAGUGUGAAUCCAGUGAAGGACCCGGAAUCGGAACUAGCAGUUUCUGCCCGAAACGGUAGUUUUGCCGUAAAGCAUUGGAAAGAGGCGCAAGAGCGUGCGCAACAAGCUAAGGACAGAAUCGGCGCAGUACCUGAAAGCGUAAAGAAAAAUACUACUAACGCGCCCACUGACAAUGAGGACGAGGAGACAUACACAUUCGAGGAGAUUCAGAAGCAACGACAGAGCCUUCCUGCUUAUCAAGUCAAGGACGAGCUCAUGAGAGUGAUAGCCGAAAAUCAGAUUGUUAUAGUCAUUGGAGAGACAGGCUCUGGUAAAACUACUCAGCUUACACAAUUCUUAGUUGAACAAGGGUACACAAAUAAUUCGGAAAUGGGCCAUAGGAAGCUCGUUGCAUGUACUCAGCCCAGAAGGGUGGCUGCAAUGUCGGUGGCGAAAAGAGUUGCCGAAGAAAUGGGUGUCAAACUUGGAGAUGAAGUGGGUUACACGAUUCGUUUUGAGGAUAAAACUUCUCCGAAAAAGACCAUCGUGAAGUAUAUGACUGAGGGUAUUCUAUUGCGUGAGCUUCUAGAGGACCCAAACCUAGAAAAGUAUUCAUGUGUGAUAAUGGAUGAAGCUCACGAGCGCUCGUUGAACACCGAUGUAUUAUUGGGGUUGUUUAAGCAAUUAGUAAGAAGAAGACGGGAUUUGAAGCUUAUCAUCACGAGUGCAACGAUGAAUGCUGACAGAUUCACUCAAUUCUUUGGAAAUGCUCCCCAAUUCUUUAUUUCAGGACGCACCUUCCCCGUGGAAACAUUCUAUUCAAAGAUCGGUUGCAUGGAUUAUGUUGAAACUGCCGUCAAGCAGGUGGUGACAAUACAUUUAGCCAAUUCUAAGAGCGAUGGAGAUAUUCUUGUGUUCAUGACGGGUCAGGAAGAUAUCGAAGCAACGUGCGAACUUAUCAAAGAAAGACUAGAUUUACUAGAAAACCCCCCUCCACUUGAUGUUUACCCGAUUUAUUCCACACUUCCUGCUGACGUUCAGAAACGUAUUUUUACCCGUCAGAAUGCAGAGAGAAGGAAGGUUGUUGUUGCCACAAAUAUCGCUGAGACAUCUUUGACCGUGGAUGGAAUUAAGUAUGUGGUUGAUUGUGGCCUAGUGAAAUUGAAGUUAUUCAACCCUAAGCUUGGUAUGGAUGUCUUGCAAAUUGUACCGAUCUCUCUAGCAAACGCACAACAAAGAAGCGGUAGAGCAGGAAGAACAGCGGCUGGUAUGGCUUACAGACUCUACACUGAAAAAGCUGCUGGAACUGAUGAGAUGUAUUUGCAACCUAUUCCUGAAAUUCAGAGAGCCAACCUCAGUUCGGUUAUGCUUUUGCUCAAAAGUUUGAAGGUUUCAGAUGUAUUGAAGUUUCCCUUUCUAGAUCCACCUCCACCUGAUUUGCUUUACUGCUCUUUGUACGAAUUGUGGGCCAUGGGAGCUAUUGAUAACAAAGGCCAACUAACUAGUCUCGGCGCAAAGAUGAAUUUAUUCCCAAUGGAACCUACUCUAGCCAAACUUAUCAUUCUUUCUUCACAGCAAGAAUUUGCAUGCUCAUAUGACGUGAUAACUAUUGUAUCUAUGCUCUCAGUGCCUGGAGUAUUUUUCAGACCUAAAGAACGGGCCGAUGAAGCCGACGCAGCUCGGGAAAAGUUUCUCAUUGCUGAAUCAGACCACUUGACUCUUCUAAAUGUUUACAAUCAAUGGGAACAAAGAGCGAAAAUAGUGCAGUCGAAGCAAAACAAACUCAAUGAAUGGUGUAAACGUAAUUUCUUGCAACACCGAUCUCUUCUCAGAGCACGAGAUGUGAAAAAUCAACUUGUUGCGAUCAUGAAGAAGAACGGCUUCCCUGUGAUCCAAGCUCGAAGUGAUGUAGACAUACGCCGAUGUAUAUGCGCUUCUUAUUUCCACCAAUCAGCAAGACUAGUUAAAAUGGGAGGAAACAACAGAGGUCAAGCAGAGUACGCCAAUUUGAGACAACCGUACUUGAAAAUGUUUUUACAUCCCACGUCUGCCUUGAUCGGUGGCCGAGACUUGAGCCCACAAUUCGUAGUGUACGAUGAAUUAGUGCUUACAAAGAAGGAGUAUAUUCAAUGUGCUACUGCGGUAGAGCCACAAUGGCUCUUGCAAUAUGGACAGGUGUUUUUUGGCGUGAGUGCUCUGGCUAGGAAAGCUUUGGAGGACAAGCUAUCCAUUAAAAUAUUAGACAAAUCAGAUUGGGAUGAAAAGAUGGAACAGACAGAGGCAAGAGACAAACCUUCACAAGAGAGCAGAAAGGAGAAAAAAUCAAGACCAUUUAAAGCAUUCUAG